CUGCCAGAAUAACAAUGAAACUGACAUACAAAUAAUCAUACAUUUUCAUGCAAUAUGGCCAUGGUCAAACAAAAUCGAUGAGCAAAGAAAGAAUAUUUUAAGGGUUUUGGUAAUACAACACAACUAUAUAUAAUUUGGACCAUUGUCUAAUUCUUUAGUCUACGAAAAAUAUUCAUGAUGGAGUUUAAAGUUCUAUUAUUGUUACUUGUGAUCGCAGCUACGGUUAUUGCUGUACCCUUGCCCCAAGAUGACGGCGAAGUAGAUCUUGGACUUGACGGCGCUCUUGGAUUCGGAAACUUAGAGCGUGGCAAAAGGCAUGGUUCCAAAGGUGGAAGACGUCGCGGAGAUAAGGGAGAUCUCGAGUUUGGAGCAGAUAAAAGCGGGUUAGAAGGUAAAGGAGAUCUUGCAUUUGGCGUUUCCGGGGGCCGCAAAAGAGGUGGUAAACGAUCUAAAAGUGAAAGAGUUCGCAACAACGACCAGUCUUAAGAAUUCUGGACGUGGCAGAGAUGACGAAAUUGGCAACAAAUGAUGUGGCAAUAGUAAUUAAAUUCGCGAAAAUUCGUUAAAUAGAGUCAAAAAAGUGUUUCAUUAAUAAAACAUG